CUCGGGGAGGGGGAGCGCGGUGCCGGGGCGAGCAGCGGGUGAUGGGGAAGAGGCGAGCGCAGUGCUGAGGUCCUCCGGGGCCGGAUGAGCCGAGGCUUGGCGCCGCGGCGGUGGCGGGGCUGGAGGAGGGGGCGAAGGAGGUUGUAGGGGCGGCCCCCGCUCCGGCUGCCCUGAGGGGAAGGAGCCCCCGACCAUGGAAAUCGAGAACAUCGUGGCCAACACGGUGCUGCUGAAAGCCCGGGAGGGCAAACGGAGUGGACGUAGUAAAAAAUGGAAAGAGAUGCUGAAGUUGCCCCCUGUCAGUCACUGUGAGGGUAUUCGGUGCUCCAUCGAAAGAGACUAUAAUCAGCUUUGUGACAAACAGCCAAUAGGAAGACUUCUCUUCAGACAGUUCUGUGAUUCCAGACCAGAGUUGAAAAGAUGCAUUGAAUUUCUGGAUGCAGUGGCAGAAUAUGAGGUWUCUUCAGAUGAAAAGCGUAUAGACUGUGGCCUCAAAGUUUUAGAGACGUACUUCACUAAUGGGUCUGCAGCACACUUGCCAGAAAUACCUCAAGAAACAGUAAAUGAAUGUAAAGCAAGACUGGAAAAGAACCCUUCUAAGGAUCUAUUUAUGGACUGUACUAAAAUUGUCCAUGAAUACCUGAGCAAAAGACCUUUUGAAGCUUACCAAGAAAGUGUGUAUUUUUCCCGAUUUUUACAGUGGAAAUGGCUGGAAAAGCAGCCAGUAACCAAACACACAUUUAGGCAUUACCGAGUACUAGGCAAAGGUGGAUUUGGAGAGGUCUGUGCCUGUCAAGUACGGGCAACAGGAAAAAUGUACGCUUGCAAAAAGCUGGAAAAAAAGAGAAUAAAGAAGAGGAAAGGAGAAUCAAUGGCUCUAAAUGAAAAAAGAAUUCUAGAAAAAGUGAAUAGUAGGUUUGUAGUUAGUUUAUCCUAUACAUACGAGACGAAAGAUGCCCUGUGUUUAGUAUUAACCAUAAUGAAUGGAGGGGAUCUGAAGUUUCACAUMUAUAAUAUGGGAAAUCCUGGCUUUGAUGAAGAAAGGGCUAUUUUCUAUGCUGCAGAGCUGUGCUGUGGUCUGGAGGAUUUGCAAAGGGAGAGAAUUGUUUACAGAGACUUGAAGCCAGAGAAUAUACUUCUUGAUGACUGUGGACAUAUCAGAAUUUCAGAUCUUGGAUUAGCUGUGCAGAUUCCUGAAGGUGAAACUGUCCGAGGACGUGUUGGGACUGUUGGUUACAUGGCUCCAGAAGUGCUCAAAAAUGARAAGUACACAUUCAGUCCUGAUUGGUGGGGUCUUGGCUGUUUGAUUUAUGAAAUGAUUGAAGGACAGUCUCCCUUCAGGAAGCAUAAGGAAAGGGUUAAACGGGAUGAAAUUGACCGGAGAGUAAAGGAAGACCAGGAAACSUACUCAGACAAGUUUUCAGAGGAGGCAAAAUCCAUCUGCAGGAUGUUACUUGCUAAAAAUCCAGGGGAACGACUGGGCUGCACUGAAGGAGGAGCUGCUGCUGUGAAGCAACAUCCUAUUUUCAAGAACAUCAACUUCAAGAGGCUAGAAGCCAACAUGUUAGAACCUCCAUUCUUGCCAGAUCCACGUGCCGUUUAUUGUAAAGAUGUCCUGGACAUUGAGCAGUUCUCAACAGUAAAAGGAGUGAACCUGGAUACUACAGAUGAUGACUUCUAUUCCAAAUUUGUCACGGGUUGUGUCUCAAUCCCUUGGCAAAAUGAGAUGAUUGAAACGGGAUGCUUUGAAGAUAUCAAUGCAUAUGAAACCGAUGGUACUGUGUCACCAGACAGGGAGAAGUCUCCUAAACCAAAGAGAGGCUUCUUUCACAGACUUUUUAGUGGAGAGGUCUGCUUUAAAUCUGAUUGCAGUGAUGAUGAGCAGGAGUCCUCCAGACUUUAAAUCAUUUUAUGCUCAUCGAAAAGAAUGAGCAAACGUUAAAUGUUUUAUAUCUCUGUAGCAAAUUGUAUUAUAUAUAUUUUUUAUCUGAGUUCAAGGAUUUUUGUACAUUUGUACUUCAUUUGUUUUAAGAUGUAUAUUUUCACUAAAGCUUAAUUGUACAAAAAGCAAUGAGUGCCAUUUGAGUGAGUGUGUUUCUGUAUGUAUUUGAUUUAUCUUGAUUAUUUUUUUUCCCAGUGGAAUGAAUCUAGAAAACUAAAAGGAUUUUAAAGCACAGAGAUAAUAUCUAUGAUGUCAAUGUAACUUGACUUUGUAUGCUCCUGGUAAAACUUCUUGUUGAUUAGGAUCUUUAUUAGCAGUUUUCUUAACUGUAAAAUUGCUGUACUGACAAAUUUAAUCAUUCUGGUAUUAUCCAGCAGCAUGGCAGUGCUAUUACCUAAUGUAUCUCUCAAGAAACUGCUAAGAAAAAAAAAAGGAAUUCAGUGCACUGUGGCCUGCUAUUAGGAAWUGCUCUUUACUAUCUGGCUCUGUAGAAUCUCUCUCUGUAUUUCUGUAUAAAGAAAACUUUUAACAUUUAUCUUCAUCCUGUAACCAUCUGUAGUAUCCAUUCUUCUCUUUUCUACACAUCUUACACCUCCUCUCCAUACAGUUUCUUGACAUGAGCCAUGCAAGUAGACCUAUGCUGAAAUUUUAUAACUGUAUUUUGAAAAUUUCGUUGUCUUUACUAGAAGAACUUCUUUUUACCUGUGGGGACACCUUUUUAUUUUAUUUUCUGUAAAUGAAGUUGGUUUAAACUCUAUGUAGGAUGUUACAGUUUUGUAAGGGGUUAAAAAAAAAAGCAUGGACUCUUCUUUCUAACCUGCUCUCUGCUUAUAUUGUAAUAAAUGAUGUUCUAGGGUUGACAGCGAUCACUGCCACUGGGGGAAGGGCAAAGUAGCAUUAAGUAUUGAAUUCAAUUAUGUAAAUAUUUUUUUCUUAUAGCUUUUUGAAACAGAAACAUUAAAACAUGCCUUUAAUGGUUUCUUAACACA